AUGUGUUCAGAGAUGUACCCGACCGUCGGUGGUAUUUACCCGAUACUUUUAAGUAUAAUAAACCACCACCUCACUGAAAUUGACCAAGACACUCCCGCUGUUGCAAAAUUCAAGAAAGACGUGCAUUCUGAUUUGGUGAAAAGGUAUCACAUUGAGAGUGACGAAAUCACAUCGAGCUUACCUGUCAUAUGCACUUUUCUGGACCCCAGGUACAGAUCAUUGCCGUUUCUGACGGAGCCCCAGCGGAAACUGGUUCACGAGAGCGUGCUUGAGCGUGUGGACACCUUACAGUUACCGAUUUCUCAACCAACCACCGAUAACCCAAAUAUAAUCUCUCAACCAGGGCCAAGCAAGCGAUCGAAACUUGACCAAGAUGACAUGGCAUUUUUGUUGGGUGGAUAUUUCCAGGCAACAACCAGUGCUACACCGUCAAAUGGUGCCAAAGAACUAGAGCGUUAUCUAUGUGAUAAAGCUGUCCUAUCAAGUCAAAGUCCAUUUCUGUGGUGGAAAUUGAACAUGGACACCUAUCCCCGAAAAUUGACCGGAUUGCCAGCAACUUUUGUACCAUUUGAGCAAGUAUUUUCUGUUGCUGGAGCUACCGUUACGAAGCUUAGGGCGUCCCUAGACUCUCCAUCAGUGGACAAACUGGUGUUCCUGCACAAAUCUAGUGACUAG